AUGGCAGACAUGCUGGAUAUCACCAAUCCCAUACACUGGCUGACCGUUCUGGCCCCCUUCACCGCGGUCUUGCCGAUUUUGUACAUCCUUUACCAGAUCAUCCGGCCGAAGCCCAUACCUGGCAUUCCAUUCAAUAAACAUGCCGCAAAGAGCAUUUUCGGUGAUAUUCCCGACAUCAAGAGAGAACCACCCGGUAACCUCCUCAUUUGGAUAGCAGCUCAGUCCCGUCGUCACAACAGCCCUAUGUUCCAAGUCUGGCUGGGCCCUCUCACGAUGGUUGGUCAUUAG